UAUGGAAUAAUAUUCAAUAUGGGCAAAAAGAAGAUAAUAAAUAGUAAGAUAGAUGAAGAGCACAAGGGCAUUGACAUAUGCAGAAGAAGUAGCAGGUGAAAUAUUCUUAGUGCUUAAGGAGACAGCAAAAGAAUAUAGCAUGAAAAUGUAGAUGAAUAAAUCUGCAUAAUGGCAAGCAAGGUGAAAAAGAGUCUAAAUUCUUCACUAUUGCUUGUGAUUGAGAAAAGUCAGAAAAUCCUGUAUAUCUAAUUAGAAAACUACAAAUAUAAAUUUUAUGAGCUCAUCUAAAGUUGUAGUUAAGCAGCCUUUUUACUUCCCAACUUAAGAAAGUUUAUAAAUUAU